AUGGCUGCUGUCAACGAUGUCACCAACACCGCACAAGACAAAGUCGUUAGCGUGGCCCUUUUGGCCACUGAGUUAACCACAUUUUCGUUUCGCUUAUUUCGGUGGUUAACACUCAUCAAUGUACUCCAGGGCCAAGGAAAACAAGUCAUCGCAGUGGCUUCGACGGGGAUCGUGUCGACUUUGUUGCUGGAUGGUGCGACUUACCAUUCGCAGUUCAAGAUCUACCCUCCAAUUACAGAGACAAAACGAUCAAAAAUCGAAGAAGGCACCUAUAAUACGCAAAUGAUUAGGAACGCGAAUCUCAUCAUCUCAGACGAAGCCCCAAUGAAGACCAACCACGCUCUCAACACAAUCAAUCAUCUGUUCCAAACGGUGAUGAAAAAUCGUGUCGAUCCCUAUGGCGGUAAAGUCCUCUUGCUCGGCGGCGAUUUCAUACAGUGCCUGCCCGUUGUCCGACAUGGAAACAGAGUUCAAGUCGCUGAAGCCACCAUCAUCAAUAACGCGAUUUGGCCACAUUUCCAUGAACUUCGAUUGGUGCAGAACAUGCACACCACAGCUGGCAGUCAAGAUUACGCAGAUUGGCUCAUCGAGCUCGGAAAUGGAACCCUCCCUCAAAUACCGAGGCUCAACAACCCAGAUGUCAUCGAAAUUCCACAAGACUUUCUCAAAAUUAAACGUUAUUUGGUCGAACACGUCGUUGGAGACCCAUCGGAUCUCUUGCAAGAUGGAGUGGUCGAUUCAAUUUCGAACCAGGCAAUUUUAUGCCCCAAGAAUGAAGAUUGUCUUCGGAUGAACAACCAAAUCAUCACAGAGAUGCCUGGCGCAUUGAAAAUUUAUAGGAGCAUCGACACCAUGGAUUCAGAGGAUCCGGAGGAUCCGGAUCACGAAAUUGCCAACUACCUAAUUGGACAACAGUCUAAACCGUGUUUCCACAGAGAAUUAGGAAUACAAUAUGGACAAUCACUGUUAAACAUUUGUAACUUUUCCAAAUAA